AUGAAUAGACAUUUCGUGCAAAUCAGUGUCGCAAUGGCGAAGAUCAUGGAAGAGGGGGCAGAAGAUGAGGAUGAAGAUGAGGAGGAUGACGAGCUCAAGAACAGAGACGACACAGCUCAUCCAUCUGAAGACCUGCCGGAAGGAAUACAACAUCAACCCUCGAAAGCGCCAGCAUCAGAACGACCGAAGUACCGAAGAAGGGGCCGCAAGUUCCUUGCGGAAUUCGCGAAUUUGUUGGCGUCAGACUUUACUAGAAGUCUCAUCCUGGUUAUCGAGGUAGAGGACGUGGAUGAUCACAUGAGAUUCAAGAUGAUACCCGUCAGGAACAAGAUUGACACAGGCAGCGAUGAGAAUUUUGUGAGCAAGGAAUUGAUUGCCAAGCAUGGCAUGGACCCAAAUAAGAUACGGGACUUACCAGUCGAAGAGCAGCAGGAGCGGACGCUUGAGAUGUUGAACAAUCUCACAUUCACCCCUAAGCAGGAGGUCACAAUUUCUUGGCAUAAGCCACGAGACAAAAAGCAACGACAGACCACAUUCCUCAUUGUGGACAGCGGAUUAUUCGAUGUCCUCAUAGGCUCAAAGCAUUGGGCUGACGAAGCGAGGCAAUCUGUGCUGUUCGGCUUUGGGCGCCAUAGGACGGAAGGUAACAAUUCGGAUCGUCAAUCCCGACAAGAGGAGCUUGACGAUCAGAAUGCCGAGAAGGAGGCAAAGCAGAACAUCAAAAAGCAAUUGCAGGAGACUGACGACCUGCUCCCACGGGUUGGCUCGGGGAAAAAGGCUGGAGAACCAAGUGAACAGACGAGAAGAGAAAUGAGGCGAUCCCGGCAACACACUUCGGCAUGA